AUGAAAAGUCCAAAUAUGGCUUUGUUCAAGCAACAGAAGGUGGAGGAUGUUUAUGAAAUUGGGGAAGAGCUAGGAAGUGGCCAGUUUGCUAUAGUGAAGAAAUGCCGAGAAAAAAGCACUGGUAUGGAGUAUGCUGCUAAGUUCAUUAAAAAACGUCAGAGUCGGGCCAGCCGUCGUGGAGUGAGACGUGAGGAAAUUGAACGGGAGGUUACUAUUCUGCAGCAGGUUCUGCAUGCCAACAUCAUCAAGUUGCAUGACAUCUAUGAGAACAAGACGGAUGUGGUCCUCAUCCUUGAGCUAGUUUCUGGAGGAGAACUUUUUGACUUCCUGGCACAGAAGGAGUCUUUGAGUGAAGAGGAAGCAACCAGAUUCAUCAAGCAGAUUUUGGAUGGUGUGAAUUACCUUCACUCUAGGAAAAUUGCUCACUUUGAUUUAAAGCCUGAAAACAUUAUGCUUCUAGACAAGAAUAUCCCUAUUCCACACAUCAAACUCAUUGACUUCGGCCUGGCUCACAAAAUAGAAGAUGGAGUUGAAUUUAAAAAUAUUUUUGGAACUCCAGAAUUUGUAGCUCCAGAAAUAGUAAACUAUGAACCGCUUGGACUAGCAGCAGAUAUGUGGAGCAUAGGAGUCAUCACCUACAUACUGCUUAGUGGUGCAUCACCUUUCCUUGGAGAAACUAAACAAGAAACGCUUGCCAACAUCACAGCUGUGAAUUAUGAAUUUGAUGAAGAAUUUUUCAGCAAUACCAGUGACCUGGCAAAAGAUUUUAUUCAGAAACUCCUGGUGAAAGAUACACGGAAACGGCUUACAAUUCAGGAAGCUCUGUCUCAUCCAUGGAUAACGCUGAAAGAAGAAACAAAAGUCCAAGAAAACAAGAAGGUUGAGAACACACAGCUGAAGACAAAACGCCUGAGAGAGUACACCAUAAAGUGCCAUUCGAGUAUGCCUCCCAAUAAUACCUACAUCAACUUUGAGCGCUUUGCCCGAGUGGUAGAAGACAUUUCACUCAUGGAACGGGGUUUCAGCACUUUGGCUGCAUCCCACGAUUCCUUGCAGGAGGACAUUGAUGCUCUGGUUUCCAUUUAUAAUGAGAAAGAAGCUUGGUAUAAAGAAGAGAAUGAAAGUGUGAGGCACAAGCUGUCUCAGCUGAAGUAUGAAUGCCGUAAAAUUGAAUCCCUGAAAAGACAUCUACAAGAUGAUAUCAAGACUGUAGGCACUAGUCUUACAGGCAUAACCGGGAAAUAUUCUGAUCUGCAGAGUCAGUAUGAAUCUCUCAGUCAAGAACUUUCUGAGGAACUCAAGUGGAUACAGGAUUUAAUGAGUAGCUUUCAACUGGAAAAUGAAGCCUGUGUGAAUGGAAACUUUGACUCUGUUUUCAACAAAGAUAUUAAUGAAUCACUAAUGGAUCUGUUAAAUAGAUCUCGCUGUGAAGAAUUCCUUGCAGGGUUGAAUCUUGAUGUAGCAGAAUCAAAUCAGUAA